UUUGGUAUGAUAUUAUUUGGUAUGGCCAACUUAAGAUUUGGUACAUGUUUAUGUUCAUUAUGUAUGUACCUUUUUACCAGAGGAUUGUCUUCCAAGAAACCAAGAUUAAGUAUAAAUCCUGCUCCAGCUAUUUACUUAACUGUACCUUUUCUUUGAGAACAGCUCACUUUGCUCUUGAACCGCAUGCAAUACACUUCUGGUUAGCUACGAAAUCACUAAUAAAAUUUUACUUGUGCUAACUUAUUUAUUUGAUAUCUUGCAAAAAUGGCCGACCAAAAUGGUCAACUCCACAUUUUCAAAUCAGAAAAGGGUAAAAAUAUGGUGUCAAAUAAUGGAUAUGUUUACCAAUUUCAUAUUGAUGGAUCUGAAAAAAAACUGUGGCGUUGUUGUCAAAGAGGUCAUGGAUGUAUUGGCAGAUUACACACCGAUGACGCUAUGCAAGAAGCAAAAGAAAUCGGAGCGCAUAACCAUGGACCCAAUCCAUCUUUUUGUGACGUGAAAGAAACGAUGUCCAACAUAAAAUUAGCAGCUAAAUCUACUCGUGACCCACCAGCUUUGGUUAUAUCAUCUAAUAUUGCUACACUCUGCCCUGCUAGCCUCGCCAAAUUCCCAAAUUCAGAUUUGAUGAAGAGAACGAUCAGGAGAACUAGAACCUGUUCACAUGCAUCAGUUCAAAAUUUUGACCACCGCAAAGAUAUUGAGAUCCCAAUUGAACUUGUAACAACGGAGAAAGGCGACAACUUCUUACAAUGCGAUGACGCCAGUGGUCUCGCUUCGAUUUUGAUGAAACUACGUAAUUAUGUGGAUUUGCAUUAAUAAUUAGACACAUGUUUCGGGUUUUUUCAUAAUGCUCAGUUCAAACAAAGUUAUAGUGGUAAAAGUGAGCGAGAAUAAACAUUUUCCCCUGGCAAAUGCGUUGACCUUUGUUUUCAUUUCUCCUCUUUUUUUACCCAAUUUCACUUCCCGCGACU